UGCCGCCUCCCGUGUUCCUCCAGUCCUUACCCGUACCGCUGUUAUCCUGCCCGAUUCAAAUCCUCGACGAUGUCGACGUCCCUCCUCGCCCGCCGCCUUGCGCUGCGCGCACUCCCCCGCUCUCGCGGUCUUUCUAAUGAUGUGAAUAUGGAUGCUGUCAAGCGGUUUUGGGAGAAGCAGGCCGCCGAGAGCGAGCACGCUGGUCAGACCUCUGAGCUCUGGCGCAAGAUCAGCUACUACGUUUGCAUUCCCGCCGUCAUCGUGACUUCGAUCUGGGUCUACAAGGUUGAGACUGAGCAUAUGGAGCACUUUGAGCACCUCAAGGCCGAGAAUGGCGGCAAGCUUCCCCCCGUCCCCAAUUACGAGUACAUUAACAUGCGUAAGAGCGGACCGUUCCCCUGGGGCAAUAACUCGCUCUUCUUCAACCCUCAUACCCAGAAGAACAUGGAGGAGGAGGAGGAGUAGAUGGCUGUACGGUCCCCGAAGGCCUCGAAUACUGCACUGAUUCUCGGCGAGUCUGGCAAGGAACCACCAUCAACAGCCCGCUUACUGGCUUGACCGAGGCCGAUCGAGGCACCGUACCGCAGCUCGCCCGCCUAUGUCAUGUCCGACCUGGAUAUACAUCAUUCCUCAUUAUGAGAGAAG